CAAAACUGUUGAAACAAAACAGUUGAAACAAAACAGGGGACCGAUUUCCACUCUUUGAUGCUGGUCUGCGAUAAGCAUCCUUUUUAAAUAUGGAGAGGCCUUGAGGGCCAGUCUGGUCGUCAUUCAGUAAUAUCUCCUGCCUGCUUGUUGAGCUGUCAACAAAAAGAGAGACCUAAAACCUUACAGCUGGACUCUCAGACGGGCUCUGAGACCCUUUGGUCCUCUCUGUGCUUUUUGUGUCAGGUGGUUUGCGCUUGGCCCCAUGACUCUAGAACGCUCGUCAAUGCCCACUCUGCGGGGUCACUCACUUGAACAAUGGGACCCCGGCUGAAUGCCCAAGCGGCCAAUAGGAAAUGCCUUCUUGUUGAAAGCAGAGGUUAUUGCCUCAGGCCUGCACCAUCCCCAUGGUAUCCGCCAGCUGUAAUAGCAGAAACUCCCAGGUUGGCUGUUUGUUUGUCGGUGAAUGGCAGGGAGGUUCUGAUAGAAGAUUAGGAAACAGAUCCCUCUGUCAGCCACCCCCCCCCCCCCCCCAUCUCACCAAACUAUUUUUCCUUGUGUUCUUUGCCACGAUUUAAGCUAUGAGUGAUUCUGACCGUAGCAAAACACAUUAAAGUCCAAAUUCCUUCGUUAUUACUCAGUCUGUCAUACUGAAUGGGUGGUCACCUGACUGAACCCACAUGGAUCGAGGGCCGGUUUGGUAUAUUCCACAGUCACAAGUGCUUGUGUAAAAAAUGAUCUGAAUAAGAAUUAAGAACAUACAAUAUAAUGACUCCUGGAAAAAGGUGUGCUAAAAAUAACCUGAAGCGGUUUGCUUUAAAAAGAGAGUUAUGCCACUAGAAUUUGUGGGAGCUUCAAUUUUCCGGCUUUUAUGUUAACAUGAGAAAUAGCAUUUCUCAAGAAUCGCUGACGACAGCAAAACUUUAGCCAAUCGCAAUUACAUGUCGCACCCAGCAGCAAAAUGCUAACACGGUAGCCGUGAACCAGGGAGGCGCAGAGCUGUGGAGGUGAGGUGUCUGCAGCUAGGAAUGCGAGGAGGGAGCCAGACAUACUGCGCGCGCAGGAGCGCAGGAGCCGCUGCCAGAAAGCUCCACUAUCCAAGUCAGAGAGGAGUCUUCUGGAGCUCAGUCACUACUGGUGCAUGCUGGGAAAUUGGGCCAGAGGGUGGGGCUAUGUGCUGUUUGACAGAUACACACUGUUUCAGCCUGGAAGAAGGCUUAUCAGUUUGACAUAAUCAGCCUGCUUGGGCAGUCAAGUGGACAAACAGGCAUGUGAAUUUCAGUUAGCCUGACCUCAUUGUGCAUCAGCCCUCGAACCAAACUGAAGCUGUGAAGAUGGUGCUCAAAGAAAUGAACCUGAACAUCGUGGAAAUAGAUGACGAGUCGGCCACCUUGGAUGGAAUGGAUGUCUUAUUCACUGGCAGAGAGUUCUUUGUGGGCUUGUCUGAGAGGACCAAUCAGCGGGGGGCGGAAAUUCUCGCGGACACGUUCAAGGACUACGCUGUCUCUGUGGUUCCCGUGCAGAACGGCCGGCACCUGAAGAGCUUCUGCAGCAUGGGAGGACCGGACCUGAUCAUCAUUGGGUCCAGCGAGCAGGCCCAGCGAGCCCUGAAGAUCAUGAAGCAGAUGAGUGACCAUCGCUAUGACAAGUUGACGGUUCCUGACGACGCGGCAGCCAACUGCAUCUACGUGCACCUCCCUGACAAGGGUCACACGCUACUGCACUGCACGCCGGAGGAGUUCCCCGAGAGUGCAAAAGUCUUUGAAAGACUGAAGGACUAUUUGCUCAUUCCCGUCUCCAAUGCCGAAAAGGUGAAGGUGGAUGGCGCUCUUACCUGUUGCUCUGUACUCAUCCACAAGAAGGUGUGAGCCAGGCUCUUCAAAACCGUGUCCCCCAGGGUGCUCUUGAUGUGCUUAAGGCUGUGUGAUCAAGGUGUGUGCGAUCGAGAGGAAGGUGAAAGUUUGAGUCUCUGUCGUAACAAUUGAUGUUUAUAGCACUCCCUGAUAAUUUGGAAACCCGCGUAGAGUACCUACAGUUAGUUUAGUAUUGUAGUUGUUGCGGUAUAUUCCCUACAAAAAUAAACAUUUUCGAAUAGUGUCGAUUUCUAAUAUCGUUCGAUAUUCACACAAUUAAUGAUGGAGCCCAAACUUCCUUCUCACCAGCACUUUUCGUUUUGUUAAAACCUGUAUUUUCAGUUUGCAUGCAUAUGCUGAAUAUUCGUUUUUAUUCAGAUUAGUUUUCACUUUCUGCCAUCAUAGACCUAUAAGGAGUAUUACUGAACCAUAGCCAUGUAUUUUUUACCAUGGGAUUUGGUGCUGAUGAUUUUAUUUGGCACUGGCGAGUAGAAAUCAAAGUUUUCAGUUUGCCGUCAUAAAAAGUCAGAAAGUGAACACUACGAAUGUUCUCGUGAGCCUAACAAAGUCUUCAUUGUUCAAAACGCCUUUUGAUAUGAAACCAGGUGUAUUUAUUCUCUUUUAAAUGACCCCGUGAGUUUAAAAAUGUGAAGUGCAAGGCCAUAAAACGACUGUUUAAAGACCAUUGAAUAUUCUGUGGAAAUUUCAGGACGGCAGAUGGUGAGGUUUGUUCGCAGAGGAUCAGGUUAUUACCCUGGCUUACCGUCCUGUUAGCGUAGCCUGCUCGCUAACAAUUGAAGCUUUUUAAAAAGCUCUAAAAUUACAAAAGGCCUACUUUAUCUGCGUUUUUCUGUAUUAUACUCAUCUAAAACCUUAUUAGCCUUAUAAACACCUGUUCAAACUGCAACUGGUUCAGGAUUUAAGGAGAAACAAACUCACAAAAUCACAAAAAAAAGAACAAUAGGGACCCAGCACCCCCGGUGCUUGGACUCCCACAAAUGGGAAUUUUAUGUUGUAACCUAUUUGUAUUACACUGAAAGUUUCUUUGAACAACUAUGAUAUGUGCCCGUAUGUGUAUUGUUGGUGGAAAAAAAGGACUGUAAAUCCUGUAUAAUGUGACCAUACUAAAACAGUCAUUAUAGAUUCUUUUAGUAUUUCUGCUGUAUAGAUAGUUCUGUUUCACUUAGACCUACUUGUUGUGCCAAAGACAUUGUAAUAUGUACGUUUGUCUAAUGUUUGUCUAAAUGGUUUUAAUAGAUUUUAAUAAAAUAUGUGCCUCGUCUCAAA